AUGAAGCUUUGGUUAUCAAUUUCGCUUCUGAUCCAUUCAGUUCAUUGUUCAAAUUAUGUCAGCCGUGAGAUGCGAGCAACUCGCAUGUCCGUUGUGGACUUUUGGAAAAAUGAAACACAUGGUGAUGGACUGAACAUUCGUGUUGCUCAUGGAGUUAAUAGUUGGCCUGAUUUGGUUGAUCAGUUGCAUGAACCGUUCCUGAACAAAUCAAUGAUGAUUGAAGGAGAUGUUUUUCUACAGUCUCAUAGACGACCAAGACAUCGAGCGAUUCCUGUUAUGAGAGCAAAUGCGAGAAUGGCCGAUCGAAUUACAUUCAAGGAAUGGCUUCGUGAAGUUGCAACACUUCGUAAAGCUAUUAAAAUCAAUUUUCGUUCAACGGAGGUUGUGAGGCCAGUUCUUCAAUACCUUUACGCCAGUCAAGCUGAUCCAACUUCUCCUGGCUUAGAGUAUCCUGUUAUCCUUCAUGCUAAUGUCUUCAGAGCGCCAAGAAGCUUAGAGAUGCCCGUUGAUCCUUCGACGUUUGUUGAAAAGACUUCCAAACUUUUUCCGGACGCCACGCUCUCCUUGGGAUGGACAAAACAGACCAACUACAGUAGUUUAGAACAGAAAUUCAAGAAAAUCACAUGGCAUCAACUCUUCGACAUCUUGGAAUACAUAGACAAGUUGGAUCAACCUGUUAUGCUAUCAGUCAGAUUGUCUGUUGCAGCCAACUCCAAGUAUCAGCUUUUAUGGCUUUUGGGAAUCGAUCAAUCAGUUUCAUUGCUUAUAUGGAGUGAUUCGGAAGAUGAAGUUCUCCACUGGAACGAGAUAGCUGACCUACGAAGACAGGCAACUAAGAAUAGAGUUCUCUAUGACUUGACACCCAUGCAUCGGGCAAUUCUGGAAAACAUCACGACAGAAACAAUCAAAACUGUACCAUCAUUCUCAUUAUCUGACUGGCAUCCGGUGACUUUCGCCAGUUCAUCAUCUGACAUGCUAUCUACGGUUGUACGAAGUGAUCAUGGGCCAGCUUUCUUAGGCCAUCCCUCAACGAUUCUUCUCUCGCAAUUAGCUCCUCCAAGCUUCCCUUCUCAGCAAAUUAUUUCAGGAAAAGUUCAUUUUCUAAUGAAGCGAGUCAGCCGUCAUACCCACGUUGAGCACAAGAGUGGUCUUGUCAUUUAUCUGAUGGAUAAAGUCCAUGACAUAGAAUCUCCCAUCAUCAAGAACUCCUUACAAGUUUUCAUUGGCUACGAUGGACGUGUAAUUAUCGAGAAUUCUAUGAAGAAUCAUAAAAAAUUCUAUGAAAGCAAGUCUGUCGGUCAACUUCCUCGAGCUGAAUGCUAUGACUUCAACGUUGUUGAUCGUGGCUAUUCGGUUGUGGCGGAGUUAUCAACAGCCCACUGUCGAUCGCAUUCAGCUCGUCAUCGACGUCAUCUUAGAAAAGAAGUUACUCGUAUAGAACUCGACACUCCCUUCAAAAGAGAUCGACCAUUGAGAUCAGUUGUUAUUUCGAAAACUGGCGAUGGAGCUGUUGAUUUCCUGCUCGAGGAGUUACAUCAUAGUUCAAUUAGCAGAAUUUCCUUUAUUUUCAUCUUAUUUUUGUACAUUUUACGGUUAUUAUGA